ACACACAAACUCGGUAUUUCCGAACACUUGGUUCGUUUACACAAGUCCUUAUCAAACAUUCUUAUUUAAUAUGUAUCAUGAUUAUCUGUUGUAGACUUCGUCAGAAAUUAAACUGUUUAUGUAAAUGUCCGAGAGCCCAAAUAAUAACAUUAAAGUAAACCAAGUUAAAAAUUUUGUUGUGAUCAAUUUCAAACGUUACCUUUAAACAUGAAUGUAUAUUCGUUGAAAACACAAAAUCAUGAUCACAAAAUCAAUAUGUUUUGGUCUAACACCAAUUUCAGUAACGCUGUCUAUUCUUAACCUUUAACAAAAAAUACGUACGAAAAUUUUGUUUUUGACAUGCUCCGCAAAAUCACGGCGAUGACGCUCGGCAUCGGUCAUAUCCUGCACUGGAACGACAGGAAUCUCUUCGAGUUUCCUGAAGAUUUGAAACAAAACAGGGACCGGGUGUAUCAACUUUACAUAAAAAACAACUUCAUCGAAGUGCUACCAGGAUGGAUUAACAGUUUGGCUAAAUUGACUCACAUCUACGUAGACAACAACAAACUGUCGUCAUUUCCUGCGGAACUUUGUGAAUUAAAGGGGUUGGAAGUGUUAUGCGCACCGCGUAACUCUAUAACAGACAUACCUGCCACGCUCACUGCGCUCAAGCGGCUGACUCAGCUAAACUUGUCCCGAAACCAAAUAAGAAACAUCCCCGGCGACGUUUUAAACAUGCCAUCUCUGUGGCUAUUGGACUUGUCUCACAACAAAAUUGAAACUCUGCCGGAAGUUUAUCCAGAUGGAUUGUAUUACGGGGAAAUAUUGUUGAAUGGAAAUAAGCUGAUCUCCGUGCCAGACAAUCUCUAUCGUCUGAAGAAUAUCGAAUACCUAUCGUUGGCCCACAACAAGCUUCUCUACACUCCAGCGGUGGCUUUUAGGUCAGAAGCCAAUAUCAACAUAGACCACAAUCCUUUCUUGAACUACGUGCCGACUACUAUUAAGGCAGAAAAUUGUGGUACUCAACAAUUUCUGGAAGCACACGUAUUACCGAAUAUAAUAUUGACAUGCAACUGUCGUAAUCUGAUUCUAUCACCUAAAAUUAAAGAAGUGUUUAGUGUCCGAGGAAACGCACACUGUCCCACUUUGAAAGAAUUUGCCCUCAGAGCACUUUAUGUUUGGAAGACGCCAUUUUCCAAGGAUUGUGUCCCCAAAAAUGUGUGCGAUCAAUUGUUGUCUGGCCCAGCUGCUUCCUGUAUGCAAUGUUUGAGACCUAUGUUCACAUACAGUUACAUGUGCUUAUUACAAUAUGAUUUUUUUUUCAGAUCACACACUCAUUUCAAUGCCCAAUAUUUUUGUUCUAAAUCUUGUCACGGAGCAUUUAAACAAUUAUUAACAAAUCGUUACCAAAUGGUUUUACAAGAAUUAGAUUUUCAAAUUAAACCUUAUGGAUUUUUUUAAGGUUAAUUGUGAUUUAUUUUGUGUAUAAUUAAUAUUAA